UGUCGACGUGGGAAGGGAGGGAUUCGGACACAAACAAAUGUUCACGGGUUUGAUGUCAGGCCACGUUACGGGUAACUGUGACAUGUCAGCUGCAUUUAACAGAUAACUCCAUGACAUUUCAAACAUGUGGCUCAAACCUGAGGAAAUACUGCUGAAAAACGCUUUUAAAUUAUGGGUCACGGAGAAGGAUAACGAGUACUUCGUACUGCAGCGGAGACGGGGCUACGGGGAAGGUGGCGGCGGGCUGACAGGCCUCCUCGUGGGAACUUUGGAUACUGUGUUGGACUCGACAUCCAAAGUCGCUCCCUUUCGCAUUUUACAUCACACACCAGACUCGCAGGUGUACUGGUCGAUAGCAUGCGGUGUCACCAAAGAGGAGAUUUACCAGCACUGGGAUUGGCUGCAGCAGAACAUCAUGAGGACACUCUCAGUUUUUGACUCCAGUGAAGACAUCACCAGCUUUGUACAGGGCAAAAUUAGAGGUCUUAUUGCUGAAGAGGGGAAGUCAUCCCUGGUGCUCGAGGAUGACCCAGAGAAGUUCAGAGAAGCACUUUUGAGGUUCGAGAAGUGGUUUGAGCUGCCACCGGAGGAAAAGCUGGUCACGUAUUACUCAUGCAGCUACUGGAAAGGCAAAGUGCCGUGCCAGGGUUGGCUCUACCUCAGCACUAACUUUCUCUGCUUCUAUUCAUACCUGCUGGGAGCUGAGGUAAAACUGGUCAUCUCCUGGGAUGAGAUCUGGAGGCUGGAGAAAACCUCUAAUGUUCUUCUGACUGAGAGCAUCCACGUCUUGGCUCACGGGGAGGAUCACUAUUUUUCCAUGCUGCUGCACCUUAAUGAAACGUUCGUUAUAAUGGAACAACUGGCCAACUACUCCAUUAAGCGCCUUUUUGACAAAGAGGCCUUCCAAAGAGAGCCAGCGCUCUGCGACCCCCUGCAAAUUACCAAAAGAGGCCUAGAAGCCCAUGCAAAGAGUGAACAGUUCCGGACAUUUUUCAGGCUUCCCAAAGAGGAAAACUUAUUAGAGGUGCAUGAGAGCUUUCUGUGGGUGCCCUUCAGCCAUUUUAACACACUUGGGAAGAUCUGCCUGUCUGAGAACUACCUGUGUUUCGCCAGUCAGGAUGGGAGUCAGUGUCAUGUGAUCAUUCCAAUGAGAGAGGUUGUUAAUGUUGAGAAGCCAGAUUCCAGUACCAGGGCUUUAACGGUGUGUGUGCGAGGGAAAAGGGCGCUGCGUUUCUCCGAGGUUCGGGAUUACCAGCGUCUUUCCAACACAAUCCGGAGCAGGUGUGGGAUUAGUGCCAGCCCUCUGCACUCGGCCUCAUUAGAGGCCAUACGAGGUGAGUGUCAGUCACUCAUCAACCACUUUGAGGACAACCCAGAGGAUGUUACUCUGAUGGUGGGACAGAAAGACAGCAGUAAAGCCGUGAGCACAGAGGCACUCAUGACAGUUUUCCACCCACAGGAUGUAGAAAACCUUGACCCCAAAAUGCUUAAAGAGAAGAUGAAGGAGCAGUCUUGGAACAUACAUUUCUCUGAAUAUGGACGGGGCACAAGCAUGUUUUUCACCAGGAAGACACGAGAUUUGAUAGUGCGUGGUGUUCCCGAAGCCCUGAGGGGAGAGCUGUGGAUGCUUUUUUCAGGGGCUGUGAACGACAUGGCCACUCACCCUGGCUACUACACUGAGCUGGUUGAACAGUCUCUGGGCACAAGUACACUGGCUACAGAUGAGAUCGAGAGGGACCUGCACCGUUCUCUCCCAGAACAUCCUGCCUUUCAGAGCGACACCGGGAUCUCUGCUCUGCGCAGGGUCCUUACUGCCUAUGCAUACAGGAACCCAAAAAUUGGCUACUGUCAGGCCAUGAACAUCCUCACCUCAGUUCUCCUGCUCUACGCAAAAGAAGAGGAGGCGUUCUGGCUGCUAGUGGCCGUCUGUGAGAGGAUGCUGCCUGAUUAUUUCAACCGCAGAAUAAUUGGUGCUUUGGUUGACCAGGCUGUGUUUGAAGACUUGAUUCGAGAAAACCUCCCGCAGCUGGUGGAACACAUGACGGAUCUGAGUUUCUUCUCAUCUGUGUCCUUGUCCUGGUUUCUGACACUCUUCAUCAGUGUCCUGCCCAUCGAGAGCGCUGUGAACGUGGUGGACUGUUUCUUCUACGAUGGUAUCAAAGCCAUCCUACAGCUUGGCCUGGCGGUGUUGGAUUACAACAUGGAGGCUCUGAUCAGCUGCCAUGACGACGCUGAGGCCGUCACCAUCCUCAACAAAUUCUUCGACAGUGUAACAAACAAAGACAGUCCACUGCCCCCAACAGUGCAGCAAGCUUCAGUGGGCAAUAAUGAUAAAACAUCCCACUUCAAUGUGGAUAUCAGUGAACUGAUCCGAGAGGCCUACGAGAAAUAUGGAACUAUACGUUCAGAGGAAGUCGAGAGUUCACGGAAGAAAAACAAACUUUAUGUCAUACAGACGCUGGAGGAUACAACCAAGCAAAAUGUUAUUCGGGUCGUUUCACAAGAAGUCAGAUUCAGUGCCUCACAGCUUGAUGAGCUUUACAAUUUAUUCAAAAGGCAGCAUUUCCUCAGCUGCUACUGGACGAUUAAUAGUCCCGCUUUGCUCCAUCAUGACCCCAGCCUGGCAUACUUGGAGCAGUAUCAGCUGGGUUUUCAGCAGUUCAGCAUCCUCUUCUUCCUGCUGGAGCCCUGGGCUUUCUGCACCACCAAGAGCACCCUCUCCCUCUGGGUCUUCCGCCUGAUAGACGAGAACCAGGAUGGCCUUGUCAACUUUAAGGAGUUCUGCUGUGCCCUCGAUACUUUGUACAGCAACUCCUUCACAAAUAAGCUCAAAUUCCUCUUCAAGCUGCAUCUGCCACCAGCUUUCACAGGUAGUCCUUUACACAUAAAGGAACAAAGAAUCCAGCACUUUAUUCCAGUGACUGAAGACUCUUCUCAUUUGAGUAGACUCACUGCAUUUGAACUUCCAGAAGAUGGAGUAAUAAGGAAAAGCCCUGAAAGAGGUCGUGGAAAAGUGGACCUCCAGGCCUACCUGAAACAAUGGCAAAAUGAAAUCCUUAAGAAAGAGGAAACCAUAAAGGACCUCCCCAGGAUUAACCAGACUCAGUUCAUCCAGUUCUCUAAGACCCUGUACAACAUAUUUCACGGGGACCCAGAGGAGGAGUCUUUGUACCGCGCCGUGGCCCACGUGACCAGCCUCCUUCUGCGGAUGGAGGAGGUUGGACGGAGGCUGCAGGAGCCGAGCAGCCCGGCAGAGACUUCAAAGUCCGCCCACGUCUCCGGGGAGGAAUCUUCAGCCGAAGACGCCUCCACCACUCCAGAGAGCUCCGACACUUCCAGCCCCCACAACAGUCAGGACGCAGCAUCCGACCUGACGGAGGUGGAGUGGUCGUUUUCAUUCGAGCAGGUCCUGGCGUCGCUGCUCAACGAGCCGGCCAUCGUUGGCUUCUUCGAAAGGCCUGUCGACAUCCAGACUAAACUGGCACAAGCCAAGGCUGCUCAACUGAAACCAAAAACACACAAGUGAACGGAGCAGAAGUCGACACGAAUUUCCUUUUUUUUUUUUUUUUAAGCUUUUGCUGUUGAUGUGGCAUAUAAGCGUAAAAAGGGAACAUUAGAAAAUCUUGGAUGCACCUUGUGUGUUUGUGUCAGCCAGAUUCUGAUCAGCAGAGCGGCUCAUCAAAUCUUGAAGACAUUUUGAGACUGUUGUAACCGUCCACUGACCAACACCUUCAGUGCAUUCCCAUAUGAAGCCUCAGUGUAGAUACUGUGGGCUGUCAUUCCUUUUACCUUACACCUAUUUUUGCACAAUUAAAGCUUCAGUAGGCGUUUCGUUCCCUUUGACAGAAAUUCUGUUGUAACCUCUCUGCAUAUUAUAAUAGUUCUGAGAGAAAACUAGACUUCUGCGCCUCCUCUGUUUUCAGGCUUUGGAUGAAAGAUUUUGUAGAGUCACCAGUCUUUCAGAGAGUGGGGAUAUAUUCUAAAACUCACCAUAUAACUUUUUUAAGUUAAUCCUUGAACACAAAGCUUGGAAUCUGUAAAUGGAUCUGCAUUGUGUAGAUUCUACACAGUGUCCAAAAACAUCUCAUUACACAUUUUAUUUCACUAAUUAAACUAGAAACAAACUAGGGUUUUCAUUUUCUCAAAUUCUGAAAAGGUAAACGUCUGAGCCGGAUCAAUAACCCUUAGCAUCGAUAACUGCCAGAAUCGUCCUCAUGGACAGACAUUAGCUUCACGUACCUCAGACUGACCCGGUCUCAGUCGAUCCACAACAGUUCUGGUCACAUUGAACUGAUACUAAUACUCAUCCUUCUGGGUCCAUUUGUCUUUCUGCGUCUUUCUUGACAGUGAUGUGGAACACCACUCAAAGAUGAUCAGAAACCUGUAUUUUCCAUUGAGUACAAAACCACUGACCCAGAAAUGUUCCAUUUUAAAGAUUUUCGUCCAAGCCUGAUCCUGAAUUUAAGUACAUUUUAUCUAGAAAAUAAUGAUUGACAGCUGACUGAUCGCUGUCUAAAUUCCAUCAGACAUGUCUCUACUUUGCAACAACGCUGCAGCUCCUCCUACUGUGAUGUUGAAGCUUCAUAGGGAGGACAAAACUGCAGGAGGAGGCUUUAUAUUUGCAAUUCUAAUGUUUUCUCUCCUGAUUUCUGCCUACUGCAGCUUUAAAUCUGAUUAUGCAUUUUCAAUCUUAACAUUUAUUUUUUCAUGCAGCUUCUUUUUCUUUAGAUUUGAAGGAGUUUAAAAUAUAAAUAGAUAGAACAUAUAUGCCAUAUAGUUUUGUAUCCAUAUAAGGGACAUCAACACUAACACUAGAUCAUGAUAAGUAGUCUUUAAAAAAUAGAAAGUCUGAGUAUCAUCACAGUUUAUCACUUUAAAAUGAAACAUCAGCGUCAUCUUCCUGAAAGGCUAGUUGUUUUGUCGAGAACUAGAAUAAAAAAAAAAAAAAAAAAAAGUGGGUUAGUGAUUUAGGACAAACCUCCGUCUUGUCCCUGGAAGCCAUAGAUUGGUUUCAGAGAUUAUUAGAUAUAUUAGCGUACACAGAUCUACUUCUGGUGAUAUACAAUACAUUUGCAAUAACAUAACAGCUGCUGCAGCACAUUCAUCUGUCUUAUUCCUUAAGCAGCGGUAGAGUAGUUGAAACUGUGUGUAAAUUGUAGAAGUAAAAUCGUUAAGAAAUCCCUCUAUGCUGCUGUGGGAAUUCAUCUAUGUUUAUAUCUAAGUGAAGCAUUUGGUUUCUCCAGAAGCUCUGCAUCCGUGGAGCUCCGAAACAGAGCUACGUUUGUCCUAAACUGUGCUGUAUGUAUUCUUCUCAGUACGACUGGUUGAUGUACUGUUUGCUUAUAUCUGUCGUACUAUAUAGGACGUUAUCUUCUCGUGUAAGUACAGUAUUUAAUAUAUAUACUGUAAGGUCAGUCCAAUAGUCAUAUGAUUAUUGUAUUUAUUAGAGUCAAUGACAGUGCUAAGAUAGGAGUUAGUGGAUUGUUGUUGCAACUUAAAACACUUGAAGGAUGUUUGUUUUAUUAAAUCUCAGGGUGAAAUUUGUGUAAAAUAAAAGGGGCAAAGGGAUAUUUUUGGACACGGGGCAUACACGGUAUAUGACAUAGCCUACGUUUUGUCUGUAAAAUAUAGAGCAUGUGUAGCAUAGAUAACUAAUAAUUUGCCAUAUUACACUAGCCUUCACUGCUCGCAACAAAAUGCCACAUAUGACUUACAGCGUCGAAGUGUUGUUGUUUUCUGCCUUUGCGAUUUCUGCCUCUUUAGUUCUUUAUUUUGUGUGUUUGUUUCUGUGUCACUGAAUAAUUUGUUGCUCAGUUCUUGCAGAGUGUUUGAGAUUUGGCCGACAUACACGGUUGUAAAUCUCAGAAGUGUCAGAUGGUAAAAGGUCACGACCGUAUCAGCUGCAGAUCGUCGUCUCCAGGGGCCAAAUACACACAUUUCUAAGACCUUAACUCUGCUUGUGUGGGGAGAAACUGCUUAAGAUGCUUUUGUAGCGCAAGUGCAAUUCUAUGUUUCAUGUAUUUGCUAGAAUAAAUUUUUUUUAAAGAUAUAUAUAGAUUUGAGAACAUCCACUCUGGAAUGAAUUUCAGUGUAUUAUUAGUGUGAUUUGUAAAAAAACAAACAAACAAAAAAACAAAAUGGGAAACGAUGAAAGACCAGCUACAACAAAUCUACUAAUCUGCCAGUGUUUACAUGACUAAUAUGAAAUAUAUGUAGACCCCAUUUAUCUUUCAUAUGGUGUCACUUAUGUAUCCAAAGCUUCGUCUGCUCAGUAACUAAAGCCAUAAGGGGAAAAAAAUAGAGGCUGCAGAGUUUAACAGGUAUUUCCAUAUUUUACAAUGAUCAUUUCUGGCCAUGGUCUGACAAUUUCACUGCGACUGUUACUGUAACUAACAUCUCCAAACUUCAAAAAAACAAAAAACAAAAAACAAUUCACACAUGCAAAUAACCAACUCUUAGCAAAAUCUGUUUAUCAUUUCAGUUUGUUGCAUGCUCUGCUCUAGUUCUGCUAUGUUUGCGUCACAGAUGAUUUCAAAGGAGGUUCAUUUUAAGGGAAGAAGCAACACAACUUUUUCGCUUUUAGAUGUUUCUUCAAGCCUAAGGUUCUGGAAAAUCGCACUAAAGAGAGAGGGUUUUUUUUAAUCUUCUGAAAGAGGAGAAUAAAUCACAGGAGGUGACUUUGUAGAAGUGAAGGCAGAGAAACGAGUAGGUUGGAAAUCCUCCUGGCAUGCUGUCAGUUUUGCCAUUAAGCAUGAGAGUGCGUACAUUGGGCAUGGACAAUGUUCCUGCUGGUGCAUUAGUGUAUUAUUAAUCGAGUUCUUUAUAUGUGCAAUUCUUGUCUACAGGGUUUAGUCUGUAGCUUCUGAUUGGAAACCUAGUUUGCAAAGUUAAGAAUAUUUCUGUUUACCUGAUUGAUUCUACUUUUUUUAAAUUUCCUUAUAAAUGUACCAGAAUAAAGAGUUAAAAUUCUAUGAAUGA